AUGGAGCCGCCGACCGUAGCAGCGCAGACACAAACGCCGACGACCGAGGCCUUAGACAGCAAUAGGUCUUUCUUCGAGUGUAAUGUAUGUCUAGACACUGUUUCUAGUCCAGUAGUGACGCUUUGUGGACACCUCUACUGUUGGCCGUGUUUGUAUGAGUGGAUGCAAAACCACUCCGAGUGUCCUGUAUGCAAGGCCGGAAUUAGUGAGGAUAACGUGAUACCCGUUUACGCUCGAGGUGCCGAAGCUGUUGAUUCACAAACACACCAGGACAGUGGCAUUCCCCGCCGUCCUCAGGGACAGCGACCAGACGCUGAGCAGCUCCGACGACGACGCCCGUUUAAUUUUGGGAUCUUUACUGGAAGCGGACAAACAAACGCUUUUUCAAUGUCUCCGACACUUGGUUUCUUCCCGGCACUGUUCGGAGCACCCUACCAACCGCCGGCUCCCGUCACGCAUCGUCAAGAUGGUACGCCUCUAACAGCACAGGAGGCACACCAGCAGAUGCAGCAGGCUUUUCUGUCCCGAUAUCUUUUAAUUGUUGGCAGCCUCGUGGUCAUCUGUCUCAUUACGUUUUAA